AUGCAGACAUUUUCAUCAGCAGUGUUGCAGCUCUUAUUAUCAGUCAACCACUAUCAAAAGGUACAAACAAGUUUACUAGACAUCCUUAUUGACACACACCAUGGAAAAUUUAACCCGCAAUUGUUGGCACCACAACAACUACAACAGGAGUUAUCCAAUAUCAGGGAGGAACUACCUCCACAUUUACGGGUGCCAACUAAAUCGAACGAUCUACUAGAGCUGUAUAAUAUCAUGACUAUUGAAGGACGCAUCAUGGCAGAGCAUGUUAUCUUCCGAUUAAAACUACCAUUAAUAUCGGUCGAAAGUUUCGAGCUAUUCUAUAUUGUUCCUGUACCCAUCUCUGCUAAUGGAAUCGUCACUGCAAUCACAACAACGUUACGUUAUCUAAUCGUUAAUUUGAAUCGUGACCAGUACUAUCCCAUGCCUUAUCAGGAGGUGGAGCACUGUCAUCGAACUCAGAAGUUGAACUACGUCUGCAGACAACGGCAUCCCCUAUAUCGGAGAGGAUCAAAAGUGAAUGCAUGUGAAAUGAGCUUCAUCAGUCACAUUCCUUCCAAAGAACAAUUCAAAAUGUCCAAAUUAGACAACCCACCACGAUGGAUCCAGUUACCAAACACCAACCGUUGGAUAUAUUGCGGCAAAACAGUUACUCCGAUGACUCUAUCAGGAAGCGGUAUCAUUGAACUACGUGAAGGUUGCAGCAUAAGAGAAGAAUCACUAACUAUCCAAGCACAUCAAGUAUUUCCAAGCAUUAUUAACAUGUCAUUUACACCAAUUCAGAAUCUUACCGAAUUCGUUUUACCACCACAUAGCAGCGAAUUAAGUAAUGACGAAGGCAUAGGAGAAUCCCUUCUAAAAAAUUUAACAGAACUGAAGAUGGAUCUAAACAACUUGCAGCAACGGGAGCAUCUAGUGACUACCAUACUACCAAAGGACGUUCACCAUAUCACUGUCGCCUACAUUUGUCUCGGUGGUAUUCUAACAGUAGUAAUUUACCUUUAUUGGAAACACAGAUGUAGGACCUCUCGUAACACUACUACGAAACCGAUACCUCUACCUAGGAAUCUUUCAACCCCAGCCUUUACGAUUGCAAUCGAUCCAGAAUAA